UCAGGACUAAUCAAAGGCACUUGUAUGGAGAGAACUGUUGGCCUCUGAAGGGACUGAGCCAGUUCAGGCCAGCCUGCUGCUCUGUCUCUCCUUCUUUUUCUUCUCCCUCUCACUCUCUCUUCCUGUCCUGACUGUUUAAGAAGAGAAGAUUGGGGAAAUUCCUUCAAGCUACUUUAUUUCAGGUUUCUGUGGGAUUUAAACAUGCACACUGGGGUUGUGGUACAGUCUAUGUUAGUGCCAUUGAUUGUGAUUCUGCUGUCUACCGUGGAUGACACUUUGUUGCAGUCGGUGAGCCAGGUGGGAGGUGAGUGUAGGCUGUCCACAGAGUCAUCUCUGCGCCGCUGCAAGACACCUGAUGGCAAGAUUUGCAGCGGGAGGGGCAAAUGUGACUGCGGCACCUGCAUCUGCGAGGCCACGGAUCCGGGGAAGUUCUACGGACCUCGCUGCGAGUGCCACAACUGGGUCUGUGUUACAUAUAAUGGAAAAACUUGCAAUGACCGUGGCUAUUGUGACUGUGGGAUGUGUGAGUGUGAUGAAGGUUGGUUUGGAGAUGCCUGCCAGUUCCAGGAGGAGUGUAACCUGUCCAACAAGAAGAGCAAAGAGCUCUGCAAAAACCCACAGGGCGUGGUCUGCUCCAACAAAGGAACCUGCCACUGUGGUAGCUGCAUGUGUGACAAUAACAACAACAGGGGUCUGGUGACAGGACUUUUUUGUGAGUGUGAUGACAGCGAGUGCCUGGAUGAGGACACCGGAGAGGUGUGUGGAGGCCAUGGACAGUGUUACUGUGGAAACUGUUACUGUGCUGCUGGUUGGCAUGGAGACAAAUGUGAGUUCCAGUGUGACAUCAGCCCAUGGGAAAGCAAGCGGAGAUGCACGUCUCCAGAUGGCAAAAUCUGCAGCAACAGAGGGACCUGUGUGUGUGGAGAGUGUAACUGUUACGAUGUAGACCCCUCUGGCAACUGGGGAGAUAUUCAUGGAGACACCUGCGAAUGUGAUGAGAGGAACUGUCACGCAACCUACGACCGAUACACUGAUGACUUCUGCUCAGGUCAUGGCCAGUGUAACUGUGGCAGGUGUGACUGCAAGGAAGGCUGGGCAGGGAAGAAGUGUGAGCAUCCUCUGUCAUGCUCCCUGUCUGCGGAGAGCAGUCUGAAGAAAUGUCAAGGAAAGUCCAGUUUGCCCUGCUUCGGACGAGGCCAGUGCCAGUGCGGACAGUGUACUUGCUUCCCACCUGGAGACAGUCGUGUUUAUGGCAAAAACUGUGAGUGUGACAACCGUCAGUGCGAGGGAAUUGGUGGAGAGGUCUGUGGAGGUCACGGUUACUGUUCAUGUGGACGGUGCAUCUGCAGGGACGGCUGGUUCGGGAAGCUAUGCCAGUUCCCCAGGGCUUGUGGUAUGAGCGAUGCCCAGAGCAAAGCCCUUUGUGAGACCGCAGAUGGAAUCGUGUGCAGUGGAAAAGGUUCCUGUCACUGUGGCCAAUGUAUCUGCUCUCCCCAGGACUGGUGGGUGUCUGGAGAGUACUGCGAGUGUGAUGACAGAGAGUGUGACAAAUACGACGGGCUCAUUUGCACAGGGAAUGGGCUGUGCAACUGCGGCAACUGUGAGUGCUGGGACGGCUGGACGGGGAACGCUUGCGAAAUCUGGGAAGGAACAGAGUAUUAACAGGACACUGGGGUUUAGACACGAGAGACCUGGCUGCCAGGAGCAACCAGGAACACCACCAACAGUCAUGGCCAGGCUGGUAAAACAGCUGGAAACCACAGGAGGAGGGAAAAGACAGACAGAAACAUGGAUGUAAUUCUGCAAAUCUCUAACAGCAAUCAUUAUUUCCUUGUACUGGUUACAAAUGAUGCUUUUUUAAAAACAUGAUUUGGUAGAUGAAAAAAAACAAACAUUUUUCUGUUUAAGAUAUAUUCCAAUCUAAAUAUGUAUGUUUCCAAACCAACUUUACUGUACAUUGGUUUAUAAUGUAGGAAUGCUUACAUGCUUCAGAUAGCUACACACAGGAUGCAGAUACAUGACAAAUCCAAAUGUUGGAAAGAGGAAAACCUUCUUUUAUUAAGGUGAUAUUUUUAGAAUAUGUGGGAUAUUGCGGGGAAUAAUGCAGGUCUGUUUUUAGCUGUUACAGAGUUGUGUGUUUUCCCAAAAUUGGACUCAAAGUUCACUUGCAAGCUCAAGGCAGAGGUUUCUGUUUGAGGUUUUUUAUUUCUUUUUAAUAAUAAAACAUUACAUGUGCUGCAUUACACAACAUUUUGCAUGGAAAACAAUGCGAAGACGUUAAUCAUACAUGGUUACAAAUUUGU